UCAGUCAAUACUCUGGAGUUUCCGUGAAAUUGACACGCGCUGAUUGGAUGUUUGUUUCCGGUGUGGUGGAGAAGAGGCGCGCGUGCGCUCGUGCGAAUAGCAGACGAUAGUUCCUCGUGGAGUUAAAAGGGCGGGAACAAAGCUAACACCCGAGUCAUAUGUAAUUUUAUUUCUGUUACCCCCGUGUUGAGGGCACGGAACUAUUUCGCUGGACUUGCAUCAUGCUUUGGGACACCAAUUUGCUUGUAGUGAUAGGUGCACGUGCAACUGUGUCCCCCUGAAUCAGUUUAUUCUAUCGACCAAGUUGACGGACACAAAGCAAGUCAUAAUGUUCCCAUGGUUGUUGCUCAAUUUGGAUAUAACUGGUAGUCUCCUGUUGAUUAUCAACUUCUUGGGGCUAGACGCCGUGACCUUUGAGCCAAGCUUUGACGUUCCCAUGGUGAACGUCACCGUCAAGCAGGGUACUACUGCCAUUUUGCCUUGUUCUGUAAAAUUUCUGGGUCAACAUCAGGUUGUGUGGACUGACCAGUGGUCAACGCUUCUGACCUUUGAAGAUCGAAGGAUCAUUGACGAUGAACGUUUAAGCGUAGAGAGGCCCUAUACUACAGACUGGAAUUUGCAUAUCAGAACUGUGAGACACAACGAUCAGGGGAUUUACAACUGUCAGGUCAAUACAAGUCCAGUGAAAAUUAAGACUGUGAAUCUUAAAGUACAAGUACCAGCCGAAAUUAUUAACAAGUUGUCUUCCGAUGACGUCACGGCCCGGGAGGGAGAUACAGUGACGUUGGUAUGUAACGUGACAGGUAUCCCUAUGCCAACGGUCACGUGGCACCGUCACAAGUCGUUAGAGAAAGAUGACGUUGAGAAAGAGAGUGAGUUCUGCCCUGGCACUAAUAGAAUCGGCGUAAGCGGAGAAGUGCUCAUCAUCCAUAACGUCAGUCGAUACUGUGGCGGCACCUACGAAUGUGUAGCGUUCAAUGGCGUCCCCCCUGCCGUAAAUCGCCACAUCAACGUAGCAGUGGAAUUUCCCCCUGAAAUCAGAUUACCCAACAAAAGAAUUGGCCAAGCGCUGCGCAAGGAGACGAUCCUGGAAUGUAUAGUAACAGCAUUCCCACAGGAGAUAACUAUAUGGACUAGAGAAGGUGUGCAGAUAACUAAUAGUUUCAAAUAUCGUGUGGAAAUAUAUGCCGAGGAAGAUCACACGAUUAUCCUCAGUUUAAGGAUACGGGACUUGGAUUACAGGGAUUUCGGAGACUACACCUGCAAAGCAUCGAAUAGACUCGGGCAAGAUGAAGAAAGAAUGAACUUAUAUGAGUAUCUAGAUCCCAAGAAGCCCACUACAACACUGACACCGUCAACCACACCCUCGAUGUCAGAGGUUACAACGGUCAGCUGGAAGUUCACGAGAACCUACCCCCCUGAGGUUGACUCCAACCCAGGGAAUACUGUCAUCAUUCAGCCCGAUAGCCUUCCUCGACCCACGCAGAUCCAGACAGACCAAAUACCCACGGGUAAUCAGCAUUCAGACCCCCUUAUACCCCAGCAACACAGCAGUGUCUCCAACGGCUUGUGCACGGGCAGUUUCCUGCCUGUUUGCACUUCCGGUCAUACCUUGGCGUCGAAAAAUGCUGGAUCCUGCUGCCAGUUCUUUAUUUCAUUCCUUGUGAUAACCAACAUCUUGACAUUUUUGUACCACAUGGGAGUCGUUGUUUCAUGAUGUUUCAUUGAAAUGUAUUUGAUUACACACAUCUGUCAAUGCUAACGAAAUGAUGCAUAAUGGAAGAAAGACGCUAUCGCUCAACCGAAUGUGUUAUCAAAAUGAAAUCAUUCGUUCAUGUGACUUUCGCAUUACAAAGGAUAGUGCAUGUCUCCGAAGGCGUAACAACUAAAAAAUAGUGCGAACACGUUGAACAAGACACGACAUAACAUCAUCGUCUAAGACAGGGUCGUACAUUAAAUCGGCAUCUCACAGGAACAAAACCGACAACAGCUCAUUCAAAUGUCUGUAACCUCACCCCAAAACAAAGUGUUUGAUGAUGUGUCAGCUGUGGAUCAUUCAUACUUCAUGCAUGAUGCAAGUUCGGCCGUCAAAGAGACGAACGGUUCUCACGCUGCACAAGCAGUACAGAACAGCUAUUCAUAUUUUUAAAUUUAACUUGUGAACCUUUCAUUUAAAUAUACGAUAACAUAUCGCUAAACGGUUCAACCUGAUCGACUUCCAGCACCUAUUUGAACAACCAAUAUCCUGCUCCGUGUUUACUGCUUCACCACCAACAGAACGACGUGUUUGCUGAUAUGUGUCCAGGACUGUACAAAUAUGUAUCAAGCAUGUGACAAUAUUGUAGAGCUACGUGCAUUACUUGGAACCAGCACCAGAAUACACCGAAACGUCGUUUGUUCCACGACUACGAUGUGUAGACCUAUAACAAGACGCUCAUUGUGUCAUGUGCGCCGUGUACAUGUGUCAGGAGGACAAACACUUGUGUCGAAGAUUACUUUCUGUUUGACCUUUGAUGGAAAUGCAUUAUGAACUGUACUGUACCAGUGGUGUGGCAGUCACUGCACCUAUCAUGCUCUGUGAAAUAUGUGACAUAACAAACGUGUGUUAAAACUGUUAAAGUUGUAUAAAUGUUACAUGUUUGUGAUGACGGAAACCGGUAGUUGUUUAUGCAUAUAAUAAUCAUGUACAUCAGAUAUCAGAACAGGUUGUCGGUGCUUCAUGUCAGAUAGACACAAUGUAAGUAUAUAAUAAUGUUAUUUUUAUGCAUAUAUAUCUGGCAAAUCUGUAGAUAAUUGCUUUGCUCCUUUCAUAUCAUAUUGCCGAUAAGUCAUUGUUUUAGAGCAACAAAAAUGGUUUAAUCUGCAAAGUAGUUGUCGUUUCAUCUUUAUAUCAAUAGUAGAAAAAUGUGCUGACUUAAUACCCUAGAAAUUUAGACAAAUUCAAGAAACUGUUCAAACGUGUGUUCCUGUGUGUAUGUCACAACAAUAUAUCUACUGCUUUAUAUAUUACACAUUGAUGUGGGUACUUUCGUCGGUCAUUGUGUCGAACUGUUUCUUACUAAGUUGGCGUCACAUGUGUUUACUCAAAAACUGUUGUUACCCACGAGAGUAAAAUAAUCAAUUUUCGAUGUUAGAUUAUGACAUUUAUUCGAAUAUUGAAGCGUAGACUGCAUUUUGGUGAGUAUUUAUAUGUACAAAAAACCUAUUCAAACAAAGCAAUGGUGAACUGUAUCUGUAUCGCAUGAGACGGGUGCUGCGAGUUGAACGGGACAUGCUUGUCCGUUUCGCGAAUACCUGAUGUCAUUUCAAUGUAAUUCUAUUCGUGAGUUUAGGUUUUCGGAUAUGUCUCGUCUGUUUGGUUACAUUUGUUUCCUGUGAUUGAAUUAUGAAUAUGAAUAUAUUAUCAAUUGUAUUAUCACACAUGUUAACUUAAGUUGUAAAUACUGAAUAAUCACACCACCCAAGGGAUUACAGCAUAUUUAAUAAUUCACUGCUUGAAGCAAUGUGUUUGCAUAUCGUUUUCGUAUGCUAAAUAUAUGUUAACAAUAAGACAACUGUAUAUUUUAUGUUCAUAAUUGUGUUUGAAAACAUUUUACUGACAAUAAACUGCAAAACAAGUGUAGAACGUGGAAAAGGUUGCAUAUUACAUGUACAUAUAAUUGUAAUUAGUUGUGAAUGUUGUAUGUCUUCAUAGAAGACCCUUCAACAUCCCUUGGGAAAACAGUGGUGACUGCUCACUGUUAAUGGCUGUUAUUGACAGACAUAUGUAAUGGGUCAUCUGUGUUUACUUCUGUCAAAUGUGCUAAUCUUUAAGUGGACAUAAGAAUUUUGUUCCAUUCAAGAAAGGUACAUCCACCUCCACCUGUCUCAGUGUAAUUAUUGUCAAUUCCAUGCUGUUCGACAGCUAUUACGAUUAGUAUACUUCGCGAAACAUGUUAAUUUAGUAGUUUACACUGAAAUGCUAUGGGUGACGUUUGUGUGGUUAAUGUGUGCUGUUCUUGUGCAGUGCUUCCUGUUAAUUUAAAUAAUAGAAUAUAUUAGUAAGAAAACUACACUGUGCAAUACGUACUUGUAGGACAGUGAAAUUGUGUUAUGCUUAUAGCGAAAAUUGUUUGAAAACAAUAUCUUGGUACAAAGACGCUUAACCUUUUAUACACACUGCUAGGGUUAAACUUACAUGAUGACUUUAAUCAGGUGCAUUAUGUUUCCGCAUUUCACCUUUUACUUUCUCAAGUAUUAAAUAGCCAUUGUGUUCCCCUCUGUCAAGAUGUACAUAUCUACCAUAAUUGAAUUAACAUCAUAUACCAAUGUAAUUAAGAAUAAAAGUUAU